ACAGAAGAGAAAACGGCGGAGGAAAAAAUCGCUCGGAAAAGUGUAAACAGCUCGGAGAAAACGGCGCAACGAAACGCCUGCUGUUGGAAUUUGGCGGUGGCAGCUGCUGAAUGAACUUGGCAGAGGAUUUUAAGUUUGUCUCGUCGCCGAAAAAAAGAGAGCUUUCUCAAAGUUGAGCCGAAGAGGAGUUCUCUCAUUCAGGAUGUCGGACUAAGACAAAGGGGUCUGGGGGGCAUUCCCGUCGGAACGCAGGUAAAACUUGAUCCUUGAAGUCUCCUCUGGAUGGGAAAGAUGGAGAGGGAGUUGCAAUGGUGGAAAGGACAGCUGGCUGCAGAUAUCCAUCAAUCCCUCCGUAUCAAGGAGCUGAAGUUACCGGUCUACCGGGCCCAUUCACCACAGAUCGGCAUGCGUCGGUACUUUGCAGACCUGUUGGCCAUCCUGAGUAAUCGCUACCAGCUCUGCCCUACAGCACGUCACCUGGCCGUCUACCUGCUGGACUUGUUCAUGGACCACUAUGAUGUGGCCGUCAAGCAGCUCUAUAUCAUCGCUCUCUCUUGUCUGCUCCUAGCUAGUAAAUUUGAGGAGAAGGAGGACCGGGUACCCAAGCUGGAGCAGUUGAACUCUCUGGGCUUCAUGUGUAGCCUGAACCUGGUUCUCAACAAGAGGGAUUUGAUCAAAAUGGAGCUUCUACUGCUGGAGACCUUUGGCUGGAAUCUGUGCAUGCCCACACCCGCCCACUUUAUUGACUACUACCUCCAUGCCUCGGUACAGGAGGGCGACCUCUACAAUGGCUGGCCACUGUCCUCUCUCUCCAAGACCAAGGCCUUCAUGGACAAAUACACUCACUACUUCCUGGAAGUCUCACUACAAGACCACGCCUUCCUGAGUUUCCGACCAUCCCAGGUUGCCGCCGCGUGUGUGGCGGCAUCUCGUAUUUGCCUUCAGAUUUCCCCGAGCUGGACGGCCGCUCUGCAUCUCCUAACUGGCUACACCUGGGACCACCUCACCCAGUGCAUCGAACUCAUGCUGCUUGCUCAUGACAACGAUGUUAAGGAGGCCAACAAAACCAAAUCCACCCCUCCUCACAGACCCUCCUCUCUGCAGACUCAACCGCAGACCUCUCACCUCUCUCCAGUGUCAGCCAUCCAGAGACCAACCUCCUCCUCUUCCUCCUCCUCCUCCACCUCCACUACACCACAGCUGCUCUUUCAGCCUGACGGUUUCCCACACCUUUCCCAGCAUUCCCCUUCCCUGUCCCAGCUUCAAGCGCUAGCCGACUCCCACACUUUGGGGCCUGUGGUGAACAUGUCUCAGGACUUUCUUCAGAGCCACAGGAUGGGUCUACUGACUGGAGCUCCUUCCAUGACUCAUGGAGGUGGGUUCCCCUCUUACCCGAGCCUGACCUCUGGCCUUCAGCCGGGGGCUCGUGCGCUGCCGCUGCAGGGCCCCAUUUCUGUGCAGAUGGCUCUCGCUGGAGAACCCCGUCACUGCCUGAGUAUGGCUUACAGCGGCGGCUACCUGGGGGCCCAUCACACUUUCACAGCCGGCUGUUUCGACAGGUGACGCCAGGAGACGGAGAGGGAACAAAAACCCCUACGGGAGUUCACUGCCGUGCUUCCGCCCCAGAUUACUACUCGGAAAUAUCCAUUUACAGAUCUCGUCUCUCUCUCCGUCGCCACCGCAACACCUUCAGCAUGUCCAAAUCCCCCAACCCUCUCACAGAGACGCCUCAAACGUAAGCAGAGGUCCAAAGGCAAGAGAGACCCGGUGGAAGUCAUCACACUGACGUGACAAAUGCUCCACAGACUCUUUUAAAAUACUGAAGCAUUAGAAAAUGUUACUGCCAUAUUACUAACUGGUUUUAUGAAUCUGUGUUUUUACAAUACUGUCAUCACUGUGAAUGAGAUGAAAGCAGCAGUGUGAUCUAACACCCACCUCAUUCAGUGCCUCUUCUCAGUUGUGUGAUAGCUGAGCCAAUUUUAGAAGUGCACAGAACACAAAGUAUCUGUGAUAAGGAUAUCUUGCUGCUUGACAUAUUUUUUUCUAAUCCCAAAAAAUUGAACGCAUUUUAGAAGAAGAAAAAAAUUGGCUGGUAUUGUUUGUCCAGCCAUCAUUUGAGCCAGAGAUGGAACAAGAAAAGGGCUUGUCACUGAUCUGGCAUGGAAUAAAGAGGCUGUGCGUGUCAGUGAAAUUUUUUGGUGAAUAACGCAUUGUCUCCUGAAUGUCAGCGAACAUUGAUAUGCUGCCUGUGUCAGGGAGGAAGGGCCCCUGUGGGAAUUCCUCACUGCAAAGUCCUCAGAGGGGAUGAAGAAUUUAUUGUUUUGUGCACAGCAGGUGAAGUCCGCACCUCUGACACGCCUGCAGUGUUUAGCUUUUUCUUUUUUCUCCCCUCUCUGUCAUCGUCAUCUCUUCUCUCCCACCUCCAAAGUUGAGCCUUUUGACUGGAGCCCCUUACACAUCCGGGGCGAACAUGUGGCUCACUUCAGCCACAGGCUUUGUCAUACUAAAGUUUUAAUUUGCAUCUCCAGCUCCACUCAAAGAAUUGAACACAAAUUGACAUGACCGGACCAGCGUGGUGAAGGAGACGUGGAUGUUGGUUGUGUACUGUACAUAUGAAUUGCUGCUGCCUUCUAAUGAACUGUUGGUUCUGUGUCUGUGUUAAAGAUGUUUACAUGAACCACUAAGUAUCAGGGACUUGAACAAGAUUACUUGAAUAUAAUGCCAUUGAAACAUGCCAUAGCUUUUAUUUAUGACUAAUUUUUUUUCUUGUUCUUGUUUUUUUUACAUUCAUAUUUGUUUGAUAUAGUGUAGCUUUUUUUAUACCAACUUAGAAACCCAUCAUUGAAUAAUUAGUUUUCUUUGUACAUGUUCAUAGAAACUGUAUAUUCAGGCUCAGGUUUUAAGGCUGAAACUAGCAGCCUUCCCAUUAUUCUGUGCUAUUAUUAUGCUUUAAAUGGAUGCUAAUACUGCAUUUGUGGGGUCUGAAAUAGUCCCCUUCUUCAUCACUGGACCAUACUCUGCUUCCAUCUCAGCUAACUGAAUGCAUGAAUCAGUCUGUUUGCAUCUGAGUGGAACAACCUCAUGGUCACUGGAUUUACACACACAAACAUCUGCAGCCAGUCGUCUGUAAGUGCUCUCCAGAUUUCUAAAGCUGCAAUUCCCAAUCUGUCGCUUCCUGUUGAAGUCUAAACACAUCCAGAUUCUCAGUGCCAUUCAUAAGGGCUGCACACUGGUUACCAUGGUGAUAACUUAAAUGACCAUGGACACAAACUCCUCGGAUGUCGACUGAAUUGAACAGUUUCUCAGUGCUGUGGAGAAUUGUGAGCUGCUUCUGGAUGAAAUGGUUAUUCAGUUUUGGUAUUUCUCACCUGAACCUUGAUCUGCAUUUGGUUUGAUUGUUCUGACUUUACACUUCAAACUGUUCUGCUGUGGACACUUGACAUGUUGCAUGUCAGUGCCUUGUCUUCAGCAGCUGUCAGGCUUGAGUUGUGAACCAUAAUUUCAUAGUCAGACAUUUGCAUUUCCCAGAAAAAACUACACGUGUUCAACACUCAGACUGAUAUGAUCACAGAUCACCAAAUGUUAUACAGUCAGACAUUUUCCCACCUCUGAAACAAAUGUUCAUGUGCUUUUCAGUGAUAUGAACUAAGAUACUAUGCCUUUUUUGUUUUGCUGUUUGUGUACAGUUUUGUUAUAUUUUUUACAUUCCUUUUGUUUUCAGUGUAUUUUAGUUAAUGCUUUUUUUGUGAUUCUCUUGAUGAAUGCUGUUGGUGUGAACUAGUUUUUUUUUUUUUAGAGAUCAACUUGCUCUUUCCUCAUAAUUCAUGAGCAACUUCUCACUGAGGUGUCAAAGGUGCAAUAUGUUGUUUUCUGUUGAAACUGACCACAGCCAUCACUGUCUCGUGUACACCACUGGUUCAUCUUUUGUAACUUAUUUUUGAUAAUUGUGUGAUUUGACUUGCUGUAGCUUGAUUUCCUCUAGAGGGCAAUGAGCUCUGAACACAAUGAAUAUGUUGCAUAUUGCAGCCACCUCCUUUGAGUGAUAGAUAUUACUGAAUGCUUUUGUCUUUCGCUAGAGUUUAACUGUCGAUUUUUUUCCCCUCUGCGAAAGGUGCUCAUAUCACUCGCACCACUCAACACUUGUCUAAUGUGAUAGUGAAGGAAAUUACACCACAAACUUCCAAUUUAUAUUUUUAUAUUAUUUUGUACCAAUCUGUAGUCUUGCUUUAUGUGACACUGAAUGAUAAAAUGGAUUAUUUUAUCAUGAUGUCAUGGGAAAAUAAACACAUGUG